UUUCAUUUUCUUCUUCUUCCCACAUUCUCUCUCUCUCUCUCUCUUUCUCCAAUUGCAACUUUUCCUUUCUCUCUCUCUCUCUCUCUCUCUCUAGAAAAUCAGCAUCAAUUAUGCCGGCGACGGACAACCAGGGUUCAUUCCUGAACCGCAUCAGCAUCCGCCGCAACCAGGUGGUCUCCAUGGACAACAACCACGAGCAGGAGCUCGAGGACCUCGACCUCUUCCAGAAACACGUCGCCGACCGCUUCUCCGACCUCCUCCAGCAACCCCCCUCCCCUUCCUCCCCAUCUCUCUCCUCCCCCUCUCUCUCCUCCUCCCCCCUCCUCUCCAUCGCCUGGCUCCGAAACCUCCUCGACGCCUUCCUCUGCUGCGAGGCCGAGUUCAAGGCCGUCCUCGUCAUGGGCCGCGACCCGGCCCAGUUCGCCAAACCCCCCUUGGACCGCCUCAUCCCCGACCUCCUCGACCGCGGCGUCAAGGCCCUCGACAUCUGCAAUGCCGUCACCCACGGCCUCGACCUCGUCCGGACCUGGCAGAGCCUCGCCGAAAUCGCCGUCACCGCCCUCAACCAGAACCCGAUCACAGAAGGCCACGUCAGGCGCGCCAAGAAAGCCCUCACCUCGCUCUUAACCUCCAUGGCCUACGACGACAAGGAAAAUAACAGUAAUAACAGUAAUAGUAACAAUCACCACGGGAAAUCCACGGAGAGGAAUUGGUCCUUCGGACGCGCGAAAAAAGCCGCCGCGGCUGGGGGCGGGAAGUGGAGCGUGGCGAGGUCGUGGUCCGCGGCGAAACAGGUGCAGGCGAUGUCAGCCAAUCUGGUGGCGCCACGGGGAGGCGAGCCAACUGGGUUGGCCUUGCCGGUUUAUAUUAUAAGUACGGUUUUGGUUUUCGUGGCGUGGGCGUUGGUGGCGGCGGUGCCGUGCCAGGAGAGGGCCGGGCUGACGGCGCAUUUUCCGGUCCAGAAGAAUCUGAGCUGGGCCGGGCCGGUGAUUGGGCUGCAGGAGAAGAUCGGGGAGGAGUGGAAGAAGAAGGAGAAGAAAGGGUGUUGUGGGUUGCUGGAGGAGGUGCAGAGGAUGGAGAGGGUUUCUUUAUCGUUGGUUGAAUUCGCAGAGUCUUUUAAGUUUCCGGUGGGGGAGGAGGCGGCGGAGGAGGUUGCGGGGAUGGUGGCAGAGAUGGCGGAGGUUUGCCGGAGGAUGGAGGAGGGUUUGGUGCCGUUGCAGUUACAAGUGAGGGAGGUGUUUCAUAGGAUUGUGAGGAGCAGGGCUGAGGUGCUUGACGUGCUUGAGCAAGUUGGUAAAUUGAACACUCCAAUUUCAUAUUGAAUUGGGUAAUUGCUCUUUGUACAUAUAGAGCAAAUGGGUCGGAUUUAUUUUCCAAAUUUGAGUUGUGGUAAUUGCUCUUUGUACAUAUAGAGCUAAUGGGUCUGAUUUGUUUUGCAAUUUUCGUUUGUUGUUUUUGAAGUUUGUAGUUUCUAGGGCAUCAUGUGUCCAUGGUUGUUGAGGGCAAACGGGUAAAAUGGAGCCUACAUCACAUCUAGAGAAGUAAAACAGCUUAAGCCAUGAAGAUGGUCUGAAGCAUUCACUGCAUUUUUUGUUAAUUGUAAUCUUGUUCUGUUUUGUUAUGUAUUUGUUAAAAGAAAACCACAAGCCUUUUAUGUUCUCUCUCUUUUGUAGAAAAUGUACAUAGCAGCUUUCAUUGCACAUAAAGUUGAAUUAUGUAAUGGCAAUGGGUCUGCUUUCAUAUAGAGCAAA